UCACUGUUACUCAAAUUUGUGUUUUAGUUUUUGUUUUGGAUACUUUCAGCUGUUGUAUGAAGUAUUUUUAAUCAUAUUUGUUCCUCACAGGCUGCAUACAUAGUGGGAGGUCACUCAUACAGUGCUGCUUGCAUUGAGUAUGUUGUAUUGAAGAUGAAGCCACCCAUCCAUAGGCCACAAACAGCGUUACUUCUUGCACUUCAGAAGUUGAAACUAUCUGAGGAGCAGAAGAGGUGUUCGAUCGAUACGUAUGAGCCGUUAGUUACAUUUGCACUAAGCUGUGGAACAUUCUCUUCUCCUGCAGUAAAAGUUUACAGUGCAGGAAAUGUGAAGGAAGAGCUCCAACAAGCUCAGCGCGACUUCAUUCGUGCUUCCGUAGGGAUGAGCAACAAAAGGAAGCUUCUCAUCCCAAAGAUGCUCCACGCUUUCACUCGAGGAUUUGUUGAUGAAUCAAACUUACCAAUCUGGAUAUCUGGAUUCUUGACUCAGCAACAAGCAGGCUUUGUAGAACAAUGCAUCUCCCAGAGAAAAUACAGCUUGUUGGGCUCUCGCAGUUGCGGAGUAAUCCCUUACGACUCUCGAUUUCGUUAUCUUUUCCUACCCGAAAUAUUGCGCUGAUGAUCGAACGCCAGCUUGCAGCAUUUGUGGGAUCCGUUAAAAAUUAAGUAGUGAGAGUUUUUGUUGGCCAGUGAUUAAAUCUUAUUCUCCAGAAUCCAGCGCUAAAGUUCUGGUUUUGUUGGGGAGCAGGGAAUGGAGCCAACUAUAUGUGAUCAGAGUGAGCUUUUGGUAAGGAGGAUAUCUAAGACAUGUUGGUAGGCUAAUUUGUGAAGGGCAUUCCAUGUUUUGGUUUAGUGGAGUUGCUAGUGCAGUUCCUUUGGUCUUCUACUGGAAGACUAGCUCCAAUUGUAUUUUGAAUCCAGUGAAAAUUUUUGAGUUGUCUGUUAAGGAUUCUACUUGUUUAGUUGAUAAAGAACUUGAAAGUUGU